AUGCACAUUGAUCAACAGAGCAUUCUCCUCGUAGAUGUGAGAAAGCCAAUUCAACUCGCACUGUCUUCAUGUGAGGAAAAAGAAUACUCCCCCAUCUCUUUCUCUAUCUAUCUAUCUAUCUAUCUAUCUAUCUUUCUCUUUCUCUUUCUCUUUCUUUCUCUUCCUUUCUUUUUCACACGCUCACACAUAAACGCCCCUGACCUAGAGGAGACGCAUCGUCAUCCCAUUUUAAAUUACUCUUAUUCAUUUUUUUUUUCUUUCUGGAUUGCCACCGUUCACCCAUUCUUCUCUCCACCGUUCACCCUUUCUUCUCGCCACCAUUCCUUUUCAACUAUCGCUGCAUAUCCAUCAUGUAUAUUGCUAUCUUCCUUGUUCACUCAGCGAGUCGACGAUACUUCGGAAAUAAAAUAUAAACCGCGGCCAAGUUUUGACUGUUAUAUAUUUAUCUCCUCUCUCUCUCUGUCUCUCUCUCUCUCUAUCCGUUUCUAUUUUCCCCCUCUUUCUUUCUUUCUUUCAUUUUUUUGUCUUUUCAUCAUACCCUUCGCUUUGGCCGUAGUUCGCAGAGAGAGGGAAAGAAUUUUUGUUUCUUUUCCUUUUUAUCCUUCAUAUUUUUCAUUUUCUUUUUUUGACUUCUUUUUGGUCCUUUCUUUUUCUUUUUUUUUUUUUUUUUUUUUGUUGUCUUGUUUUUAUCAUUUUUCAGCGUUUUCAUUUUUUUCAUUUUCUUCUUUUCUUUUCCUCUUUUUUCUUGUUUUUUUUUCUUGUUUUUUUUCUUAUUUCUUUUUCUUUUUUCUUCUUUUCGUUCUUUCUUUUAAUUCUUCUCUUUCUUCUCUUCAUCGUUGUGUUUUAUUUCUUUGCACUUUUCGUUUUUAUUAUUUCUCAGUAUUCCUUCCUACUUCAUAUUUUUUCUUUCUUUUUUCGUUCUUUCUUCUUGCUUCGACAAUCUUCUUUCUGUCUUUUUUUCUUUCUUUUUUCUUUCUUUCAUUCUUUCGUUCGUUCAUUCGUCGAUUCGUUCUUUGUAUCUCCUUCUUCUUGAUCAGGUAUUUUCUUAUUAUAAUUAUCUUUCUUUCUUUCUUUCUUUCUUUCUUUCUUUUUGGUCCUAGAAUCUUCUUUCUUUCUUUCGAUCGUUUGUUCGGGCGUUCUAUAACAUUUUCUUUCUUUCUUUUUUCUUUCUUUCUUUCUUUCUUAGUUUAUUUCUGUUUCUUUCUUACAUCCCAUCUAUCUAUCUAUCUAUCUCUCUUUCUUUCUUUAUUCGCCACACCCUUCUUUGAGCCAAUCAGAACAUUAACCACAAUCCCUUAA